AUGCAUGAUGAGAUGUGGGACGUGAUAACUGAUGGACCCAUCCAGAUACUACAAGUGAACCCCAAUCGUGUUGCUACCGAUCCGACAUCACCAGAAAUGAUUCUAAAGGAGAAAUCCUUGCUAACUACUGAAGAGAGAACCCGAGAAAAUCUCGACAAUAUAGCCAAGGAUAUACUCUACAAGGCAUUGGAUGAAUCAUUGUUUCCGAGAGUAAGAAAGUGCAAGAAUGCUAAAGACAUCUGGGAUGUACUUAUGCUCAUAGGUGAUGGAGACGAACAAGAGAAGGAGAACAAGCUAAUGAUUGCCAUGAAAAAGUUUGAAGAUUUCAAACUCAAUCCAAAGGAGUCCAUAACUGAAAUGGAAGCUCGGUUCAUAAAGUUAUUGAUGGAAAUCAAUGACCUUGAUGAGAAAAAGCUAACACAAAAGGAGAUAAACUUGAAGAUUCUCCGAGGACUAUCCAAAAGCUGGGAAAUGAAAGUAGUAGCUAUGCGAGAUCAUAGAGACCUCAAGACAACGAGUACUACUCAGAUCUUUAGUGAUCUGAAAGCCUACGAGUUCGAGAAGGAAGCUCAAAAUGAUGAAGAACUUGAGACGAGAAAUAUAGCCUUAGUUGCAAAUCAUCAAUCUUCAUCAUCAACACCAAGGUCAAAUACUAAUCCCUCAUCUGAUUUUUUCACUGAUGAUCAGCUUGCUUUGUUCAUGAGAAGGUUCAAAAGAUUCAUGCGAAAGAAUCAAUCCUAUGAUAACUUUGACAAGACGAGAAGAACGAAGUACCAAAACAAUGACAAGGCUAGCGGAUCCAGAACACAUGAGAAGGAUGAAAUACAAGUGCUGUGUUAUAACUGCCGAAAACCUGGACACUUCAAAGCUGAAUGUCCAUAUCCCAUCGUCAAGAAGCAUCAGGAUGAGCACAACUACAAGAAGAAUUCGGGAAAUUAUCACAACCCGAAGAGUGCAUCAAAUGAUGCUGACGAAGAGCCAAACAAAAACCAGAAGAAUGAUAGGCGAAGGAAGGCUCUAGCUGUAGAAGAGAAGUCAGGAGAAAAGAACGACGAGUCAUGCACUUCCAGCUCAAGUUUAGAAAGUGACAGUUCGGAAGAUGAGAAAGGACUACUGUGUCUUUUCAGUCAAGAGGACUCGGAUGUAGAGCUGUGCUUUAUGGCAGAUGAAGAAGAGGUAACUUCACAAAACCACUCUUCUAAUUAUAGUUCCGAAUCCACAUAUCAUGAAAACCCUAGGGAAGCAUUCGAAAGAAUGAUGAAGAGUUUUGAUGGUAUUGAGGAUUCACACCUCAGACUCAAAGAAGAGAAUGCUAAGCUAUUGGCAGAAAGACAAGAUCUCGAGGACUUAAGAUCCAAAAAUGCUGAGAUGCUUGAAUCUAAAGCCAGCUUGAGAAGCAAGUUCAUCUUCUUGAGGAAGAGUGUAAAGCGAAGGAUGAUAGAGAGCAAAAUUUGCGUGCGGUACUUGCGACAUUUACAAAUUCAUCUAGAUUAA